GAAGAGGCAAAACCCUACCGCCCACCCCGCGAUUCCCGAAAUUUACCGAAAUGCCACUCUUCUCCUCCAAAUUCGCACCGCUGAUCCCCCGCCUCCGCCGCCUCUCCACGGCGGCGGCGACCGCCGGCGGCGAGGACCCGAAGCUGUCGCGCAUCGCGGACGAGCUCCUGGCGCUCUCCUCGGCAGAGCUGGAUGACUACUCGGCCCUCAUGCGCCUCAAGCUACGCCUCUCGCUCACCUCUAACCCAGCUGCCGGAUUAGGUCCUGGCACGGCCGGGGACGCGGCCUCCGGGUCGGCGGGGGCCGAGGAGGCCGCGGUGGUGAAGACGGCGUUCGACGUCAAGAUCGAGAAGUACGACGCGGCGGCCAAGAUCAAGAUCAUCAAGGAGGUGCGCGCGAUGACGGACCUGGGGCUCAAGGAGGCCAAGGAGCUGGUGGAGAAGGCGCCGGUCGUCGUGCGCGCGGGCCUGCCCAAGGAGGAGGCCGAGGCGCUCGCCGCCAAGCUCAAGGCCGCCGGAGCUGCCGUUGCGCUCGAGUGAUCCAGAGCCGUAAGGAUGAUACACUGUCAGGUCUAGAAGCUGGUAUGCGGACCAUAUUUCAUGGUGUAUGUAUCAGCAUAUCAGGGAGCUUAUACAAAGCAAAAUAGUUGAUACCUUCAAGCAUUCACUAGUUGAACCUUCAAAUCUGAUUUUCUUACAGUUGGUUUCGUAGAAACGAACAUAGUUUUUGUGUGUCGUUAUCUAGGGAAAUCAAGUUUCUUGAAUAAGUUGUAUGAACAUGGAGAACCAAACCUUGUGCCAUUUCUUGUAAAUCCCAUAGUGUGCUUUAUAAAAGCUCGAAAUUAAGAAUGUUGAAUGAGAUUAGGCCUUCUGCUGUUCAAA